UGCGACUUGGGCACAAGUCUCUUUCUCGCCAGCGGCUCUGGGGAAGAAGCAUCUCAUACCACCUCUUGAUCAGAAAGAGCUGAACAGCACCUCAGGGCCCCAAACAUGACUCGGAUUUUGUCUGUGUUUAAGACAGCAAAGGCAGGGGUUCUCAAUGCAGCAGCCCAUCGUUACCGGGGCUUUUCCAAAGCCGGCGUUCGGCUUAUGAGCGUCAAGGCACAAACUGCUAAUUUAGUGUUGGAAGAUGGCACAAAAAUCAAAGGAUAUUCGUUUGGGCACCCUGCAUCGGUUGCCGGUGAGGUUAUAUUUAACACUGGAUUGGGCGGAUAUGUAGAAGCUGUGACAGAUCCAAACUAUCAUGGUCAGAUUCUCACUCUUACCAACCCAAUAAUUGGAAAUGGCGGUGCACCCGACACCAAGGCCCGAGAUGCCUAUGGCCUCAUGAAAUACAUAGAGUCUGAGAAUAUCCAGGCAUCUGGUCUGCUGGUGCUCGAUUACAGUCAUGAGUACAAUCACUGGGGGGCAGUCAAGUCACUAUCUGAAUGGCUGCAUGAAGAAAAGGUUCCUGCACUUUGUGGGAUUGAUACCAGAAUGCUUGCAAAAAAGAUCAGAGACAACAAGGGAGCUGUACUUGGUAAAAUUGAAUUUGAAGGCCAACCUGUGGAAUUUAUUGACCCAAACAAAAGAAACCUUAUUGCAGAAGUGUCCACAAAGGAAGUCAAAGUAUUUGGCAAAGGGAAUCCUGUCAGAAUCGUGGCAGUAGACUGUGGAGUAAAGCAUAACAUCAUCCGUCAGUUGGUAAAGAGAGGUGCAGAGGUACAUCUUGUCCCUUGGAAUCAUGACUUCUCUCAGAUGGAAUAUGAUGGUCUCCUAAUUACAAGUGGCCCUGGAAACCCAGAGUUAGCAAAGCCUCUAAUACAAAACCUCAAGAAGGUCUUCCAGAGCGACCGUCCUGAGCCUAUUUUUGGCAUCUCUAAAGGGAAUGAAAUUGCAGCUUUGGCAGCUGGUGGCAAGACGUAUAGGUUGCCCAUGGCUAACAGAGGGCAGAACCAACCUGUUAUGAACACCUUGAAUGGCCAAGCUUUCAUUACUGCUCAGAACCAUGCCUAUGCAGUGGAUAACAAUUCUCUACCUGCAGGCUGGAAACCACUUUUUGUGAACAUCAAUGACCAGAGCAAUGAGGGGAUUAUGCAUGAGACCAAACCAAUCUUCACUUCGCAAUUUCACCCUGAGGCCAACCCUGGGCCUGUUGACACAGAGUUCCUAUUUGAUGUCUACAUGUCACUGAUACAGAAGGGUAAAGGUACCACCCUGACAUCUGUAAUGCCCAAACCAGCUCUGCAGUCUAAACGAAUUGAUGUAGCUAAAGUCCUUAUCCUGGGCUCUGGAGGUCUCUCUAUUGGGCAAGCAGGAGAGUUUGAUUAUUCUGGGUCACAAGCAGUUAAAGCUAUGAAAGAAGAAAAUGUGAAAACAGUUCUUAUGAACCCCAACAUUGCCUCUGUCCAGACUAAUGAGGUGGGCCUCAAGCAAGCUGACACCGUCUACUUCCUACCCAUCACACCACAGUUUGUCACCGAAGUCAUUAAGGCAGAAAGACCUGACGGAAUUAUCUUGGGAAUGGGUGGACAGACAGCUCUGAACUGCGGUGUGGAACUUUUCAAACGAGGGGUACUCAAGGAAUACGGAGUGCGGGUUUUGGGCACCUCAGUGGAGUCCAUCAUGUUUACAGAAGACAGACAGCUCUUCUCUGACAAACUAAAUGAAAUUAAGGAACCUAUUGCCCCCAGUUUUGCUGUGGAAUCGGUGAAAGAUGCUUUGGAAGCAGCUGAUAAAAUUGCCUAUCCUGUCAUGAUUCGAUCUGCUUAUGCCUUAGGUGGUCUGGGGUCAGGACUUUGUCCCGAUAAGGAAACACUCAUAGACCUGGCAACAAAGGCUCUGGCAAUGACCAACCAGAUCUUGGUGGAACGUUCAGUUGUAGGCUGGAAAGAGAUUGAAUAUGAGGUAGUUAGAGAUGCAGCAGAUAACUGUGUUACCGUCUGCAACAUGGAAAAUGUUGAUGCUAUGGGGGUCCAUACAGGGGACUCCAUAGUUGUGGCUCCUUGCCAGACUUUGUCCAAUGAGGAGUGCCAGAUGCUGAGAGCAGUCUCCAUCAAAGUUGUACGCCACUUGGGUAUUGUUGGAGAAUGCAAUAUACAGUUUGCUCUUCAUCCAACCUCACUGGAGUAUGUUAUCAUUGAAGUCAAUGCUCGACUCUCUCGUAGUUCUGCUUUGGCAUCCAAAGCCACUGGCUACCCUCUGGCCUUCAUUGCUGCCAAAAUUGCCUUGGGAAUUCCUUUGCCAGAAAUUAAAAAUGUUGUGUCAGGGAAGACCACUGCCUGUUUUGAGCCCAGUCUAGACUACAUGGUGACCAAGAUACCUCGUUGGGAUUUGGACCGUUUCCAUGGUGCUUCAGGAUUAAUUGGCAGCUCAAUGAAAAGUGUAGGAGAGGUCAUGGCCAUUGGUCGAACCUUUGAGGAAAGCUUUCAGAAAGCCCUGAGGAUGUGCCACCCAUCAGUAGAUGGCUUUACAGCAAAUCUUCCAAUGAACAAAGCGUGGUCAUCAGAUGUCAACCUACGGAAAGAGAUGGCUGAACCCACAAGUACCCGUAUGUACAGCAUGGCCAAGGCUAUAGAAAGUGGAAUUUCCUUAGAUGAAAUCAACAAAUUGACAGCUAUUGAUAAGUGGUUCCUGUACAAGAUGCAAGGAAUCCUUAACAUGGAGAAGACCUUGAAAGGAAGCAAAAGUGAAUCUGUACCAGAGGAAACACUACGGAGGGCCAAGCAGAUUGGGUUUUCUGAUCGUUAUAUUGGGAAGUGCCUGGGGCUCUCUGAAGCUCAAACCAGAGAGUUUAGAUUGAACAAGAAUGUCAAGCCUUGGGUUAAACAGAUUGAUACUUUGGCUGCUGAGUAUCCAGCAAUUACAAACUACCUCUACCUCACCUACAAUGGACAGGAGCAUGAUAUAAAGUUUGAUGACCACGGAAUGAUGGUUCUAGGUUGUGGCCCGUAUCAUAUAGGCAGCAGUGUUGAGUUUGAUUGGUGUGCCGUUUCCAGCAUCCGCACAUUGCGUCAGCUCGGCAAGAAAACCGUGGUGGUGAACUGCAACCCUGAGACUGUCAGCACAGACUUUGAUGAGUGUGACAAACUUUACUUCGAAGAAUUGUCACAGGAAAGAAUCAUGGAUGUGUUCCAACUGGAGCAAUGUGAUGGCUGCAUCAUCUCUGUUGGGGGGCAGAUCCCCAACAACUUGGCUGUGCCAUUGUACAAGAGCGGGGUGAAGAUUAUGGGUACCAGCCCACUGCAGAUUGAUCGGGCAGAAGAUCGCUCCACAUUCUCAGCUGUUCUGGAUGAGCUUAAGAUUGCACAGGCUCCAUGGAAAGCUGUUAAUUCUCUGGAUGAUGCUUUGCAGUUUACAAAGACCGUUGGGUAUCCAUGCUUGCUGCGUCCCUCCUAUGUGCUCAGUGGCUCAGCAAUGAAUGUAGUAUAUGGAGAGGAAGAACUGAAGACUUUCCUAGCUGAAGCGACACGUGUUUCACAGGAGCACCCUGUUGUGAUCACCAAGUUUAUCGAAGGUGCCCGAGAGGUGGAGAUGGAUGCAGUUGCCAAGGAAGGGCGUGUCGUCUCCCAUGCUAUUUCUGAGCAUGUUGAGGAUGCUGGAGUUCAUUCUGGAGACGCCACCCUCAUGAUCCCCACGCAGUCAAUCAGCCAGGGAGCACUAGAGAAAGUGAAAAUUGCUACCAAGAAAAUUGCAACCGCUUUUGCUAUUUCUGGACCCUUCAAUGUGCAGUUCCUUGUUAGAGGAAAUGAUGUUCUGGUAAUUGAAUGUAACCUGAGAGCUUCUCGAUCCUUCCCAUUUGUGUCCAAGACUUUGGGCCUUGACUUCAUUGAUGUGGCCACAAAAGUAAUGAUUGGAGAAAAAAUUGAUGAAUCUUCCCUACCAACAUUAGAGAGACCUAUUAUCCCCGCUGAUUAUGUGGGCAUCAAGGCUCCCAUGUUUUCCUGGCCCCGCCUUAGAGGAGCUGAUCCAGUUCUGAAGUGUGAGAUGGCUUCGACUGGUGAGGUGGCCUGCUUUGGACAAAACAUCUACUCUGCAUUCCUGAAGGCCAUGAUCUCCACUGGCUUCAAGCUGCCUCAGAAGGGAAUUCUCAUUGGAAUCCAGAAUUCCUUCCGGCCCCACUUCCUUGGAACUGCCCAAACACUCAAAGAUGAAGGAUUCAAGCUAUAUGCUACCGAGGGCACUGCAGACUGGCUCAAUGCAAAUGAUGUCCCUGCCACCCCUGUUGCUUGGCCCUCCCAGGAAGGACAUUCUUCAAUAUACAAGUUGAUUAAAGAAGGCAACAUCGACAUGGUGAUCAACCUGCCAAACAACAACACCAAAUAUGUACGUGAUAACUUUUUGAUACGGAGGACUGCUGUAGACACUGGCACUGCUUUACUCACCAACUUCCAGGUGGUCAAACUGUUCGCUGAAGCUAUUAAAUACUCUGGAGACCUGGAUGCCAAGAGCCUUUUCCACUACAGACAGUUCGGUGGCGCCAAAUCCUCCUAGAGAUCUGAACUAUUCACAAGCAGCUUUCUCAAAAUAAGAGACUGGCUGACCGCCUAAGGUCUUCUGCUGGUUUUCUGUUUACUGUCACUUGUGUCUAUGCUUGUAUGAAGAACAUAAAUGUCUAUUUGAUUAUGUCUUUGCAGUUAUGAACUUGUGGAUGCUAGAAUGUUUUGGUACAUAAAUAAUUAUACUUUUAAAGAUGCAUCCAAAACAGUAUUUGUUUUUUGGCCUGCCCCUCCUCUUUGGAGACUGAGAUAUCUACUGAAAUCAGAAGUAGUUGAACAGUGUAAAAAUAGAGCAAGAACAAUAAGUGAUCAUUUGAAUAGGAUACCAUUUGUAUUAUACUCCAUUCACAUAAAAAUGGUACCCUUUUAACCCAACAAGAGCUCAAUGUAGCAAUAGAUACAUUGAACUAAAAUACCUUUUUCUUAUAUUAUUAGAAGAGCAGGACACGUACCAAUUCAUGUGUGUUUGGUAAAUAUUGCCUAUAAAUACAACCAACACUGGCUACUAAGUAGUUAGGAGAAGGAGGGAGACCUCUGCUAAAUCGCCUCCAACAAUCUAAGUAGAAAUAAUGCACAAAAAUGCUAAUUCACAGAAAAGGCAU